UAACGCUUGUGCACUGGUGCAGUCGAAAGCUGCCCUCCCAGUAUCUCUCCUCUCUCCUCCUCCUCUCUACGACGCCACCGGCGGAGAUCUGCUCCGUCGUCCGUCGGAUCUCCGACCUAUCUACCCCCUUCCCUCUCCUCUAUCUCUAUCUAUCAAUCAAAAAAAAAAAAAUCAAUUUUUAGGGUUUGGUUUUCUAAAUUUAUUUUGAUUUGCUGUGUUGUUUGAUGCUUUCUAGGGUUUGGUUAUUGUAAAUAAGAGGAGAGGGAAGACAGAGAAAAAAAAUCCAAAAAAAAGAGGGGGAAAUUUGGAAAAAAAAGAUAAGUUUGUUCUAGGGUCUUUUGGUUGAGAUGGCACAGGUUCAAGUUCAGCCUCAAGCUGUGAAUGCAGCUGGAAACCAGUUCGUGACGACGUCGCUUUAUGUCGGUGACCUCGAGCCGAACGUGACCGAUUCGCAGCUCUAUGAUCUGUUUAACCAGCUGGGUCAAGUUGUCUCUGUUCGAGUUUGCAGGGACUUGACUACUCGCCGAUCGCUUGGUUAUGGUUAUGUUAAUUAUGCGAACCCGCAAGAUGCUCUAAGGGCUUUGGAGGUGCUGAACUUCACUCCUCUGAAUGGAACGCCCAUUAGGGUAAUGUAUUCUCAUCGUGACCCUAGUAUGCGCAAAAGUGGGGCUGGUAACAUUUUUAUUAAGAAUUUGGACAAGGCUAUUGACCACAAAGCACUGCAUGAUACAUUUUCUUCGUUUGGAAAUAUUCUCUCUUGCAAGGUAGCUACAGACCCCGCUGGUCAGUCGAAAGGGUAUGGGUUUGUGCAAUAUGAUAGUGAGGAAGCUGCCCAAAAAGCUAUUGAGAAGCUUAAUGGUAUGCUGCUGAAUGAUAAGCAAGUAUAUGUGGGACCCUUCCUUCGGAAGCAGGAAAGAGAAAUGGCAUUGGACAAGGUAAAAUUCACCAAUGUCUUCGUAAAGAAUCUAUCAGAAUCAACAACAGAAGAAGAUCUGAAGAAAAUAUUUGGUGAUUUUGGAGCAAUCACUAGUGCUGUGCUGAUGAGGGAUGCUGAUGGGAACUCUAAGUGCUUUGGUUUUGUCAACUUUGAGAAUGCAGAUGAUGCUGCUCGAUCUGUUGAGUCUCUUAAUGGACAAAAAAUUGAUAAUAAGGAGUGGUUUGUCGGGAAAGCACAAAAAAAAUCUGAGAGGGAACUUGAAUUAAAAAAUCGAUUUGAGCAGACUGUAAAGGAGGCGGCAGACAAAUCUCAAGGGCUAAACCUGUACAUUAAAAAUUUAGAUGACAGCAUUGGUGAUGAUAAGCUUAAGGAAUUGUUCUCUCCAUUUGGCAUCAUAACUUCAUACAAGGUUAUGCGUGACCCUAGUGGAGUAAGUAGGGGAUCAGGAUUUGUUGCAUUUUCUACUCCUGAAGAGGCAUCUAGGGCUCUAUUGGAGAUGAAUGGCAAGAUGAUUGUUAGCAAACCUCUUUAUGUUGCCCAUGCACAACGAAAAGAAGAUAGAAGAGCAAGAUUGCAGGCCCAAUUUUCUCAAAUGCGUCCAGUGGUGAUGGCACCUUCAGUUGCUCCUCGUAUGCCAAUGUACCCCCCUGGUGGUCCUGGUCUUGGACAACAGAUAUUUUACGGACAAGCUCCGCCUGCUAUCAUACCUCCCCAACCCGGUUUUGGGUAUCAGCAGCAACUUGUACCAGGCAUGAGGCCUGGUGGGGGCCCCAUCCCGAAUUUCUUUGUGCCAAUGGUUCAGCAGGGUCAGCGUCCUGGUGGCAGACGUGCAGGAGGUGUUCCAGGGCAGCAGGGGCAACAGCCAGUUCCACUAAUGCAGCAACAGAUGCUUCCGAGGGGGCGGGUCUACCGUUACCCGCCAGGGCGUGGCAUGCCUGAUGUUUCCAUGUCUGGUGUUGCUGGAGGCAUGCUUUCCAUUCCCUAUGAUAUGGGUGGCAUGCCUUUGCGUGAUGGGGGAAUGUCUCAACCAAUUCCAAUUGGUGCUUUGGCUACUGCCCUUGCAAAUGCUUCUCCUGCUGACCAGAGGACGAUGCUGGGUGAAAAUCUGUAUCCACUUGUGGAACAGCUGGAGCCUGAGAUGGCAGCGAAGGUUACUGGCAUGCUUCUGGAGAUGGAUCAGACUGAGGUUUUGCAUUUGCUGGAGUCGCCUGAAGCUCUGAAAGCCAAGGUUGCGGAGGCUAUGGAGGUCCUGAAGAAUGUUCAGCAGCAACAGGCUAGCAAUCCCGCUGAUCAAUUGGCAUCGUUGUCUUUAAAUGAUCGGCUUGUUUCCUAAUUGUUAGGACAUCAAAUUUGGAGUUUCUGGUUGAUUUUGAGGACAGUUUUGUGUCUGAAUUUUAGAAUGGUUCUAAGUGAGUUUCUCUUGUAGGGAAUGCUUUUGUUUUUGCAUGCAAUUUGUCACUAUUUUGAGUGGUGUUUUGGAUAUUGCGACAUUUAUGCUUGUGUUUUGCCCUU